AAAGCAAAAUUAUUUAUCGUUCCCGUAAUUUUAGAAAACCUCUUCUCAUUAUUGUUUUUGGAAGUAAAAGCAAGACAAAGAGCUAAGCAACCGCUGCGUUUACCGGUUUACGACUCCCAAUCAAACGAGAAAAUCUGUAUUUCCCGGGAAAUUGGAUUUUCUCAUGCUUUCGAUGAAACUCUUAAAACUCAUUAAUGGAAUUGUGAAAUUACCGACAAAGAACUGAUGAUUCUAAGGUCUUAAGAAGUGGCCUUUUUCUCAUGGGGAAUUUUCUCGUCGGAUUUGUUUUGCCAUUGCUUCUCUUAACAGCUGCUUUGAUUAAUUGGAGUUUGAUUUCUCUUGUUGAUUUGAUAGCUUUCCUUAUCAUUCAGUAUGCUGCACCUAAAAUAGGCUUUCGUUUUCGGAGGCGAUUUUUGUUACUGUGGCCCAUUAUUUUGUUCUCCCUUCUUGUCAUUCUUUCUCAACUUGUAUAUCUUACUUUAUGGGCGAUUAAGGGAAAUGGAUGGAGUGGAGUAAAUGCUUGGUGGGCACAUCUAAUUGGUUUUAUGGUAGUCCAGCCCUGGAAAUCACUAUAUGUGAUCUAUUUCUUGGUGGUACAACUAUUAACAGUUUCUGUUGCUUUAGUUGAUAUAUACGGGAUCAGAUUUGGUCUGUUUCCAUGGCAAGAUUCCUGCUGGGGUCGUUUCUUAACUUUUCUUGAACAGAUAGGCUCUUAUCUCAGGGUCACUUCCUGUUUGUUGUUGCCUCCCAUUCAGCUGGGUGUGGGUAUUUGCCAUCCCUCGUGGCUUUCUCUUCCUUUUUUUAUUGGUAGCUGUGCAGGUCUUGUGGAUUGGUCUCUGACAAGCAAUUUUCUAGGACUUUUCAGGUGGUGGAGGCCUCUUCAGCUAUAUGCAGGGGUUAACAUUAUCCUUCUUUAUGUCUAUCAGCUUCCUAUAGAGGUCCCUGGUCUCUUUCACUGGAUAGCUGAUUUUAUUGGUCUAUUCAAAAUAUCAGGGAAAACAGAGUGGCUUUACAUUUUUUCUAGUAUUUCCCUUGUGCUUUUUUACAUCAUGCUAUCCUUUAUUAAGUGUGAUUUGGAGGAAAUGGAUUUCAUUAUGUCUAUGAGAGAAAGUAAUUUGUCGGAGCACCUUCUCCCCUUAAGGCAUUCUUUUUUCAUUCGUCAAUCUAGAUCUGGUGUCAGGCAUACCAACGUUUUAUUAAGGGGAGCAGUUUUUCGGACCUUUAGUAUCAACUUUUUCACGUAUGGGUUCCCGGUUUCCUUGUUCGCUCUUUCCUACUGGAGUUUUCAUUUUGCCAGUUUAUGUGCAUUUGGGCUGCUUGCAUAUGUUGGCUUCAUUGUUUAUGCCUUCCCUUCUGUGUUCCGUAUGCACCGGUUAAAUGGGCUGCUUCUUGUCUUCAUUCUAUUUUGGGCUGUGAGCACAUAUAUUUUCAAUGUAGCUUUUCCUCUCUUGAAUAGGAAACUCAGAAAGGACAUGAAAAUUUGGGAGAUGGUUGGGUUGUGGCAUUAUCCCAUUCCCGGAUUCUUUCUACUUGCUCAAUUUUGUCUUGGUAUUUUGGUUGCUUUGGGCAAUCUUGUGAACAACUCUGUUUUCCUUUACUUGUCUGAUGAGGGCAAUCGAUCUUCAAAUGAGAACUCCACUGCCGAAGUGGAAGAAGAUACCAAGGUGUUCAUUGUGGCUACAAUUGCAUGGGGACUGAGAAAAUGCUCUCGGGCUAUUAUGCUGGCACUGAUUUUCCUCAUUGCCAUGAAGCCUGGUUUCAUCCAUGCUGUAUAUAUGAUAUUUUUCUUGGUCUAUCUUUUGAGCCAUGGCAUCAGCAGAAAGAUGCGUCAGUCCCUGAUUCUUCUGUGUGAAGCUCACUUUGCACUGUUGUACAUUCUUCAGAUUGAUUUGAUCUCUUAUGCAUUGGAGCAAACAGGCUCUUUAAGUAAGGAUGUUUUGCUGCAGUUAGGUCUUGAUAAACAAGAUAGUUCCUGGGAUUUCUUGGAAAUAGCCUUGCUUGCUUGCUUCUGUGCCAUUCAUAACCAUGGCUUUGAGAUGUUAUUUUCAUUCUCAGCAAUUGUACAGAAUACCACUAGCCCUCCUGUUGGAUUUAGCAUCUUGAAAGCGGGUCUGAACAAAUCAGUCCUCUUGUCAGUGUAUGCCUCUCCAACUGUCAAAUAUGGCCACGACAAUCAUUCUUAUGAGAGUAGGAUAGCAUCAUUCCUUGGUGCAGUUGGACAGAAGUUUCUAUCUGUAUAUCGAUCAUGUGGCACCUACAUCGCAUUUCUCACUAUUCUUUUCACCGUAUACUUGGUAACACCCAAUUAUAUAUCAUUUGGGUAUAUUUUCCUGCUUCUUGUUUGGAUAACUGGAAGACAACUUGUUGAGAAAACAAAAAGGCGUCUAUGGUUUCCUUUAAAAGUAUAUGCAAUCAUGGUUUCUGUCUCCAUCUAUAGCUUGAGCAGUUUCCCCCGAUUUGAGAUGUGGCUCUCCAAGUUCAUUGAUCUGUAUUUUUAUUUGGGCUACAACUCAGAGGCUUCAUUAUUGCAAAAUAUUUGGGAAUCUCUGGCUGUCUUAAUAGUGAUGCAACUUUAUAGCUAUGAGAGGAGACAGAGCAAGUACAACAGGUCGGAGGAUCCUGAUCCAUUGGAUUCUGGGGUAUUUGGUUUCAUUAAACGGUUUCUGAUUUGGCACAGUCAGAAGUUCCUGUUUAUUGCAUUAUUCUAUGCUUCAUUAUCUCCGAUUAGUGCUUUUGGAUUUGUAUAUUUACUUGGCCUUGUAAUAUGUUCAACUUUACCCAAAACUUCUCGGGUACCAUCCAAAUCAUUCCUGUUGUAUACGGGAUUUUUAGUGACUUCUGAGUAUCUGUUUCAGAUGUGGGGUGGACAAGCUGGAAUGUUUCCCGGGCAAAAGCAUUCAAAAAUUUCCCUUUUUUUGGGUUUCCGUGUGUAUGAGCCAGGUUUUUGGGGGCUAGAGUCAGGAUUGAGAGGAAAAGUGCUAGUAAUCGCUGCUUGCACUCUUCAGUACAAUGUGUUCCGCUGGUUGGAGAAGAUGCCAAAUACUGUUCCAGAUAGAGGCAAGUGGGAAGAGCCCUGUCCAUUGUUUGUCUCAGAUGAAAAUGCCUUUACAAAUGGUUCUAUAUCCAAUGAUGAAAAUAAGCCACCAUCAGACUAUUGUUUGCCAUCCGUAAAAAUAGAGGGAGUUACAACUACAAGCACUUUCUCUUUCACCUCCGGUCUUACUCGAGCACCUAAAAUUCUAUCCAAUAAAACAGGUAGUUCAGAAGGUAGUAGCAGCAGGAAAUUUUCAUUUGGAUAUAUUUGGGGAAGCACCAAGGAAAGUCAUAAGUGGAAUAAGAAGAGGAUUCUUGCUUUGAGAAAGGAAAGAUUUGAAACACAAAAGGCUCUUAUGAAAAUAUAUUUCAAGUUCUGGAUGGAAAAUAUGUUUAACCUCUUUGGCCUUGAAAUAAACAUGAUUGCAUUGCUUCUAGCAAGCUUUGCCUUAUUGAAUGCUAUCUCUAUGCUAUAUAUUGCAUUGCUUGCUGCUUGUAUUCUUGUACAUCGGCGCAUCAUACGGAAGUUGUGGCCCAUAUUCGUUUUCUUGUUUGCUUCCAUUCUCAUCCUCGAGUAUUUUGCCAUCUGGAAUAGCAUCUUUUCUGCGGAUCAACCUACCCCAACUGAGACAGAUGUAUAUUGUCAUGACUGCUGGAAAAGCUCUGCUCUUUAUUUCCAGUAUUGCAAAAACUGUUGGCUAGGACUUGUCGUGGAUGAUUCUCGCAUGCUUGCCAGCUAUUUUGUGGUCUUUAUGUUUGCUUGUUUCAAACUUCGUGCUGAUCGUUUCUCCAGUUUCUCAGGCUCAUCCACAUAUCGUCAAAUGAUGUCUCAACGUAAAAAUAUAUUUGUUUGGAAGGAUCUGUCUUUUGAAACUAAGAGCAUGUGGACAUUUCUUGACUACCUGAGACUUUACUGCUAUUGUCAUCUGUUGGAUCUUGUGCUUUGUUUGAUUUUGAUUACUGGGACCCUUGAGUAUGACAUUCUGCACCUCGGUUAUCUUGCAUUUGCCCUGGUUUUCUUUCGGAUGAGACUUGUAAUACUGAAGAAGAAGAACAAGAUCUUCAGGUUCUUGCGCAUAUACAAUUUUGUUCUUAUUGUUUUGUCUCUUGCCUAUCAAUCUCCUUUUGUGGGCGUAUUUAGUUCUGGGAAGUGUGAGACGAUAGAUUACAUAUAUGAGAUGAUUGGAUUUUAUAAAUAUGAUUAUGGGUUUCGAAUUACUGCAAGAUCUGCACUGGUUGAGAUCAUAAUAUUUCUACUGGUAUCACUUCAGUCAUAUAUGUUCUCCUCUAGUGAAUUUGAUCAUGUCUCACGUUAUCUUGAAGCGGAGCAAAUUGGCGCCAUUGUGCAUGAGCAGGAGAAGAAAGCUGCAUGGAAAACUGCACAGUUGCAACAUAUUCGUGAAUCUGAGGAGAAGAAAUGCCAACGUAAUUUGCAAGUGGAGAAGAUGAAGUCUGAGAUGCUCAACUUGCAAAUUGAGCUUCACAAUGUUAAGUCAACUACUAAUUAUGGUGGCCAUUCCCAUGAGAGGGAAGGUAUAAGAAAAAGGAGGAGCAUUUCUCUUACUUCUAAAAGGGAUUCUUCUAGUCCUGAUAAAGGUGGAGAAACCCCUGCUAAACAAGAGCAUAGUACUAGAGAGGAUUCAGUAUGUCCUUUUGAAAGGCAUGAAUCCCCAUUUAGUUUGGAUACCGAAAGUCUAGAAAGAGAAAUGUCUCCGAAGUAUUCCUCAGAAUCUCCAAUUUGUGAGAUCACCGAGAUCAGACAGGAAUCAGCUGAUAGCAUGCUUUUUGAUUCUGGAAAAAAAGAGAAGGGCCGAUCAAAGGAAAAUCCUUUAAGAUCUGCAGUGCAGCUGAUAGGUGAUGGUGUUUCCCAGGUGCAGUCUAUUGGAAAUCAGGCAGUCAACAAUCUUGUGAGCUUCUUGAACAUUGAACCAGAGGAUUCAGAUACGAAUGAACAGUUCUCUUUUGAGAAUGGAAUACAUGAUGAGAUGGAAAACCAGAAGAAUAAACAUCUUAAUUUGGACCGUUCGUCAUCUCUGCAGUCUGAUAUGAGUUCAGAUGCUACAAGUCUGCAGAUAGGAAGGAUCUUCCGAUAUGUAUGGUCCCAAAUGCGGUUCAAUAACGAUAUCGUGUGUUAUUGUUGUUUCAUUAUUGUUUUUCUGUGGAACUUUAGUUUGCUUUCUAUGGUGUAUCUUGCGGCUCUUUUCUUAUAUGCUUUAUGUGUAAAUACCGGCCCAAAUUAUGUUUUCUGGGUUAUCAUGCUGAUUUAUACUGAAGUUUACAUUUUGCUUCAGUAUCUCUACCAGAUAAUCAUUCAGCACUGCGGGUUGACUAUUGGUUCAGUCAUCCUUCGUGAGUUAGGAUUUCCUGCACAUGAAAUCAACUCCUCCUUUGUCAUCAGUUCAUUGCCUUUGUUCCUUGUGUACUUAUUUACCCUUCUACAGAGCUCUAUAACUGCAAAAGAUGGUGAAUGGAUGCCUUCUGUGGACAGUAAAUUCUGUAGAAAAGCUUCUCUGCAUAGAGAAGAUGUUCUUAUGAGUUAUAGCUGGAGUGAAAAGGCACAAGAAUUACUGCAUGGAAUGACAACUAUGGUAAAAUUGAUAGUCAGAAGCAUUUUUAGGUACUGGGAAUCACUGACACAAGGAGCAGAGUCUCCUCCAUAUUUUGUCCAGGUGUCUGUGGAUGUCCACUUGUGGCCGGAGGAUGGAAUCCAGCCGGAGAGAAUUGAGUCGGGAAUAAACAAAUUGCUUAAACUUGUUCAUGAUCAGAGAUGCCAAGAAAAGUUCCCAAAUCUUUGCCCUUUUUCUAGUAGGAUUCAUGUCCAGAGCAUUGAAAGAAGUGAAGAAAACCCUAACAUGGCCCUGGUUGUUUUUGAGGUAGUAUAUGCCUCCCCUUUGACAAGCUGCGCAUCUGCAGAAUGGUACAAGUCACUAACGCCAGCAGCUGAUGUAGCAAAAGAGAUUCUUAAAGCAAAAUGUGACGGGUUUGUUGAAGAAAUAGGAUUUCCAUACCCUAUUAUCUCUGUCAUUGGGGGAGGCAAAAGAGAGAUUGAUCUUUAUGCAUACAUAUUUGGUGCAGAUUUGUGUGUGUUCUUCUUGGUUGCAAUUUUCUACCAAUCUGUCAUAAAAAACAAAAGCGAAUUUCUAGAUGUUUAUCAGCUUGAAGAUCAGUUUCCAAAAGAGUUCGUAUUUGUCUUGAUGGCUAUCUUUUUAUUGAUUGUCCUUGAUCGCGUUAUUUACCUCUGUUCAUUUGCCACUGCAAAGGUGAUCUAUUACAUUUUCAACCUCUUCCUCUUCACAUAUUCAGUCACUAUAUAUGCUUGGCACUUGGAACCUUCCCAAGAGCAUGCUGCAGGGGUAGCGCUUCGUGCUAUAUUUCUUGCGAAAGCAGUGUCUCUAGCACUGCAGGCUAUACAAAUCCGUCAUGGGAUUCCUCAUAAAAGCACCUUGUAUCGACAGUUUUUGACCAGCAAAGUUUCACGAAUUAAUUAUUUAGGCUAUAGACUUUACCGUGCUCUGCCAUUCCUUUAUGAAUUGCGAUGUGUGCUGGACUGGUCAUGUACAACCACGUCUUUGACCAUGUAUGACUGGCUGAAGCUGGAAGACAUAAAUGCAAGUUUAUACCUUGUUAAAUGUGAUGCUGUCUUGAAUAGAGCUGCACACAAACAAGGAGAGAGGCAAACAAAAUGGACCAAAUGUUGCAAUGGGAUAUGCCUUUUCUUCUUUUUACUCUGUGUUAUUUGGGCUCCUAUGCUGAUAUACAGUAGUGGCAACCCAACAAAUGUUGCCAACCCCAUUAAAGAUGCAAGUGUUCAGCUUGAUAUCAAGACAGUGGGUGGAAGAUUAACAUUGUAUCAAACUACUCUUUGCGAAAAAAUCCCAUGGGAUGAUGUCAACUCUGAUGUUGAUCUCGAUCCCUAUGGUUAUUUGUAUACUUAUAAUAAGAAUGACAUUCAGUUGAUAUGCUGCCAAGCAGAUGCAAGUACAUUGUGGCUUGUUCCUGAUGUGGUUCAGAGGAGAUUUAUCCAGUCCCUUGAUUGGGAUAUGGAUAUGGAUAUUCUUUUGGUCUGGAUACUUUCCAGAGAGAGGCCAAAGGGCAAGGAAGUAGUGAAAUAUGAGAAACCUGUUGAUUCUCUGUAUCUUCCAAAAAGAUCAGACAUCCAGAAAGUUCUUAAUGGUUCUACAAACAGCUUUAGGAUAUACAAUCUUUAUCCAAGAUACUUGCGUGUUUCUGGUUCUGGUGAUGUCAGACCUUUGGAAUUAGAGGAAACUGCGGUUAGUGCGGAUCUCAUUUUAAAUCAUGCAGAUGUUAACUGGUGGUCAUUUCAUGAUAUCAAUUCACCAAAUGCAAGUGCCUGUGGAGGUUUGAGAGGACCCAUGGCCAUUAUAAUGUCCGAGGAAACUCCACCACAAGGUAUUCUUGGUGACACGAUCAGCAAGUUCAGCAUCUGGGGUCUCUACAUAACUUUUGUGCUCGCUGUGGGCCGUUUUAUCAGACUUCAGUGCUCAGACUUAAGAAUGAGAAUACCAUAUGAAAAUCUACCUUCCUGUGACAGGUUGAUAGCCAUCUGCGAGGAUAUAUAUGCUGCAAGAGCAGAGGGGGAGCUUCAAGUUGAAGAAGUCCUUUACUGGACACUUGUAAAGAUAUACAGAUCGCCACAUAUGCUUCUUGAGUACACCAAACAAGAGUAGCUUGUAAGGCUAAACAUUAGGUUCAACUAACAGCAGAACAUAUAUGUAUAUACUAACAGCAAUUCUUCUUUCCAUGGCCCUGAGAAACACUCGGCACUUGAAUCACAUGGUUUCUGCAGAGGAUCCCCUUUUUUUUUUUCUAUUGAUGGAUUCUGCAUGCUGGAUUUGCCAUCUAUUUAUCAUCAGUUGCAGGGCCUCCAAAUCUGAAAAAUUCCAUUUCACCGGUGGCGAAAUAAAGGCAUUGAAAACUUACAACUGAGGACUAUGGCGAUUCAAAUAGAGAGAUUAUACCUUUCUUUCGUUGUAUUGUAUAUACGAUUCUUAGUAUCCCGUUAAAUCUGUACAGAACUUUUUUACUAUUCUUUGAAACAGAAGAGUGUAUGUAUCUGUAUUUUCAGCGAAACUGGAUAGUUCUCUUACAAAACUCGACAAAAAUGAUUGGAAAUUCAAAUGAGGUUUGUACAGUUGCAUGCCCUGAA